UUGAUUUGCCUAAACAGACAUGGUGGGCAUGAGCGUCCUCCGGACUGGGCUUGCAUUUGCAGCGAGAUUAAAUCCAUUGAAACAGGGGUUUCCAAACGGGAGGCUGCUCACCAGGACCACCCCAAAGACAGAUAGUGUCCGGUAUGGCAGCCAUGGAAAGCAAAUGUUUGUGUUUAAACCUUCAGACUACUAUGACAGAAGGUUCCUCCAUCUUUUGAAAUACUACAUUUUGUUAACAGGAAUCCCAGUGGCUGCAAUCAUCACAUACAUCAAUUUGUUUAUCGGUGAAGCCGAACUGGCUGAAAUCCCAGAAAACUAUGUCCCAGAACACUGGGAGUACUACAAGCACCCCAUCACUAGGUGGAUUGCCCGGAAUGUCUAUGAUCCACCAGAAAAGAACUAUGAGAAAAUGAUGGCUCUCAUUGAGAUUGAAUCUGAAAAAGCAGAAAUGAGACGGACCCAGAUGGAUGUUCGAAAACUGAUGAGAGAAAAAGGAGACGGACCCUGGUAUCAUUAUGAAACAAUGGACAAGAGUUUAAUUGAUUACUCUCCCAAAUCUACACCAGAUAACUAAAUAACCCCACUUAUAGGUUCCCAAUGUACCCAAUAAGUGUGGGAUGUAUUGUCUGAAUAUUGUUCAGUAACCUGUCCAUAAACAUGUACUGUAUGUUUUGUAUAAUUGCUUAUUGGCACAAAUAAAGGCCCUGUUUGAAUUA